AUGUCGCAUUCAAGUGACUUGUCAUAUCUAACGAGGGCAGUAUUCACACUAUGGACAUUCAUAUGGUUUCUACAACAUGUCUGGCAUGUUGAUAGAUUUGAAGCACUUGCUUGGAAAAGAGUGAAGAAGAUUGAAUUGAAAUCAGCAAUCACAAUCCUCCUAAUAAUCAUGUGCCCGCUACAAUUAUUUUACGACGUGUUCUCAUCCAUAAUAAAAUACGAAGAAGGAUUUAUAGUCGUUCCAACUACAGGGGAAAUUAUCACAACUCCGUACCAAUAUUGGAGUGAUUUCUAUAAACAAUGGUUGGUCCCGAUUGAUUAUGUGCUGUGUGCGAAUUUCAGUGUACAGACAUCAUUGCUAUUUCUUUUACAAUCCUUUUGGCUCUAUAUUGGAAACUUGGCAAAGACUUCAUUUAUGGGUAGUUUCGAAUUCAAAUCAUACAUCAUCUACUCGAUCUUCAGUCUAUCAAUAUUCCCGAUUCUACAAUACACAUUCCGAGCAAAUACACUAUACAUGGAGAUCGUUCCUCAACUUGCAUAUGCCGUAUGCAUGGGCAUAAUUGCAUUGUUGGGCGUGAGAUCGCAUCAUCGGUUCAUGAAGUUAUUAAAGGUGACAAGAAGUGCUGCAUCUGCUCAACAGAGUGUGAUUCGAAAAUUGGAAUACUUCAGGGAUAUGAAUCGUUGUCUAUCAGCCGCACUAGUAAUUGGAUCCACAGCAUUGACGAUUCUUUGCAUAGACGCAUUGACUGAAGCAAAAUGGCUGAAUAGCCACAAAUUCACCGCAGAUAUUUUAAUAACACAUGUGAACUACGGAUUGUACUUAGUCUUCGUGUUGCUGAUCUUGAUUUUCUAUCCGGCGAAAAAUCUGGCGAGUGAUUCGGCGACAAUCGGAAAGAGCUCGUCAUUGUAUUCCAAGAAAUCGUUUACAACCACGCUUCCUCAAAAUCAAUCGUUGGCGCCGAGUGGCAAAUGCACGAGGAAUUAUCGACAACAAUUUGGAGUAGAUCCAAAUGAUGAUUACGUCUCGUCGAGAUCUUCGCAGCCAUCGAGUUACUAUAUUGAUAUGCCGGAAGACAAUAUCUUGAGUUAUAAAGCGGCAUCUGCAUUAUCACGAAAUCAACGUCCCGAAUCAUUAGACAUGAAUUCUGCAUAUAUACAAAUGUCACCUCCACUUACAUCUUCUUCAACGUUAUCACCUUUAUCUCCUCUCUCGCCAGCCUCAACUCUUGCAUUAUCCGCAUCGCCUCCAUUCUCACCAAAAUCUUCUGGGUCAACAUCACAAUCAUUUGCGUCCCUGCCAACAUCACCCCCACUACAACCACUCAAUUUUAAAAAUCUUAAUAGUAUUAAUUAUCAAUUACCCGCCCCAAUUCAACCUGCACAUCAUAAUCAAUCUAUGUACACAAAAUCACCAGAAACACAAGUAAUAAGACCAACUCCUGCUUUCCUUAACUCUUCUGCUUCAUCAUCAUCGAACGGUACAUCCGACACUCUCUUUAGUAAACAAUCUUCGUCGGUAUCUUUUAAUACAGCUUCUUCAUUGUCGAACGGUACAUCCGAUACUCUAUAUAAUAAGCAACAACCAUUUUCGUCGGUAUCUUUUAAUACAACCUCAAAACGUUCAACCUCCGAUAGUAUUGGUAGUGAUGUUGAUGGAUAUUAUUAUAACAUCAAACAAGAUUCAAUAUCAUCGUUUGAAACAGAUUCUCCAUUAUUACAUCAUGGACGUGGUAAUUCUGUAGGAUCUGUUGUUGAUAAUUCGUCUUCAAAGAGACAAUCGAAACAAACAAAAAACAUUCAUACCUCCUCACCUUCAGUUUCAUCAAAAUUAUCGAGACCUCCAUCAACAACAAUCACUCCAGUAAUCAGGAUCAUUUCCACUUCUUCCGGUGAACAACAUGAUGAUGUUAAAAGAAAGAUCGGCGGUGAUCACAAAAAAUCUCCAUCUUCGGAGACGCAGAUUUCACGCGUAGGUAGUGGUGCUGGCAUACCACAACAGCAUCGAAAACAAUCUUUGUCAUCUUCACCCAAGACUGCAGUUUCACGUGGAGCACCAAUACACACACAAUCAUCAGCAACAAACGCGCAGGAGAAUAUUGCGCAGAGAAAACGUUCUUCUUCAUCAGCAUCACUUACCAAAACUAAUUCAACAUCGAUUUUGAAAUCUGCGCUUAAAAAUACCGCGAAAAGAUCAUCAGGAUCUUCUACUUCUUCGGUUGAAUUCUCAAGCGAAACUGCAAAGAUGAAAAGUAAACGUGCAAGUCCACCUUCUUCAGUAUUAUCUAAUGCGAUUAGUAGUGUUACACGUGCUUCUAGCAAACGCGUGAGCCCUCCUCCUGCAUCAUUAUCUAAUAACCUGAACAAUGAAACAACUAUGUCAUCACGUUCUGCUAGUAUUAAACGUGCAAGUCCACCACCUCCGGCGUCAUCACCGACUUCUCCUUCAAUAAUAAAAAGUAUUGACACAUCACCGGCAACAAUAAAUCCGUCAAGUCCAUCGAGAUCCGCCAGCCGUAAAGCAAGUCCAACUUCACCGCCAACACGGCAACCUCCUUCACCACCUACACGACCUAAUCCCCCAUCACCUCCAGCAAGACCGAAUCCUCCACCACCACCUCCACGUAAUCCCAAUACUCGAACAAGUCCUCCGACAUCACCAUCAACACGUGUCACGCGACCACCAUUAAUAAGACAACAACAAUCAUCUUCAAUUCGAUCACCACCACCUUCAGUCUCUGCAAAUGUUGCAUUCCCUGAUAAUAUAGAAGAAAAAUAUAUAAUACGAGGGACUGGUCCAUCGGAAUUACUACAUCCUCCUAACAACGUUAAUCAAAAACAAACAAUUUCAUCCGAACAAUUGUUACAACAAUACCAAAACAUUUUGAUGGGAACAUCGGGUACUUUUAGAUCCACAUCAUCUUCUGCAUCUUCAUCUCCUAGGUCAGCUGAAAUUGGAUUAGCUUGGUAG